UUAUGGUCCAAACACUUAGUGAUUAGGGUUUAGGAAUGUUAUUAUGUCUUAUAAAUAUCAUCUAUUGAUAUGCACAAUCCGCCGCACCAAAUCUUUUUAGAAGAGAAUAGAAUAUCUCAAAGUUUUUCGCUCGUGUGCAACACAAACUGCUCUUAACUGUGUAGCAAGAUCGCUUGCGUGACAGUUUCAAACUAAUCAAGCAGAUGGCUGGCGUUAGGCCCUUAACGGAGGAGGAUAAGGAAGUUAUCUCAUUAUAUGGCAAACCAAUUACCUUGUACGGCAUUCUUCAAGCUUUUACACAAGACAAGCCACGUUUCCUUCCUAGGUGUUUGAGUUACAAAAUACAGGCGAGGAAAAAUAAGAUGGCAAAUCUAAGUGGAAUCACAAUUUUCAACUACAUGAAUUGUAACAACAUCAUACUGAGAUCCCAAGUUGUGAAAAGGACUUCUUGCCCAUUUUGCCGAAUGAAAUGUGGAAGCCUCAAGGGCGUGAAACAUCAUUUGACGUCAUCGCAUGCCUUAUUUGACUUUAACUUUCGGCUGUCGGAGAAUGGUCAUCCGAUGUUUGAUGUCUCCGUGAAACCUGAUGCAUUCAAAAAUGGGGUACAAAAUGAUGAUUUAGAGGAGCACAAUCGCGUUAAUACCUACUUUUAUCGCUCGAAAUCCCGUAUGCGAGGCCAAAGAGGUGUUCCUAAGGGACGUAAAUGUUGUAAGAUUUUCGAGAAGUAUUCAGAAGAUGUCCCUCGUGACAAAGCAAAUGAAAUUCCUCAUGUGAACGGUGAUAAUAUCCCAUCCUCCCUAGCAAGAACUCGUUUGUCGGGACAGACUAGCGACAUUCAGACAGUAACUCAACUAGAGAUAGGUCAGUCUUCUAAAGCUAAGAGGCCUCGUGCUACUGGGAGAAAAAGGUUAAAUCCACGGCGGCUCGAGGCCGAAAGAACCGAUCUUCUGAGGAGUCGGCAGUUCUAUCACUCUAAAACAUUGCAGCCAAUGACCCUGGAAGAAGUACUGUCUGCUGCGGACAGCGAUAAUGAAAAUGAUAAAGAAUUUAAAGAUUUUCAAGAACGCAUGAAGAUUGAUCGGUUGGUGGAUGCGAGCGAUGAUGAGAAGAGAUUUAUGGUGCUUUGGAACACAUUCAUGGAUGAUCAAAGUGUGUACGCGGAUAAACAUGUUCCUUGGGCAUGUGAACAGUUCGUAAAACAUCAUGCGAAAGAGCUGAUCACUCCUGAACUUUCCUGGCAAUGGAGAAUGUUCGCAAUUGAUACGCUGUGUAUAAAAUACGGUCUGAUAUCUCCCAAGACCAUGGACAAGUGCAGUAUCAUCCUGCAGAAGGCACAGCUAGAAGAAGAAUUCCCAGAAGAAGCGGCGGCAGCAGCAGAAAUGGAGGCAUUGGAAGAAGCGGAGGCAGCAGCAGAAGCAGCGGCAAAAGCGGCAGCAAAAGCAUCCGCCGCUAAAGGCACAAGAAAAAGCGCCAGAAUACAAAAGAAGAAGAUGCAAGAAGCAGAGAGAGCAUUAGCCAUGGUGUGUGUCAGAGAUCUUCAUUUCUGAAGUGAGAGAUCAAAAACUGUUUUAAAAUUCCCGUACUCAGAUACCAUUUCCUUCCUUUCAAAUUAUGUUGAAGUAAACUUUUGGUUUAAUCUUUUUAUUAUUCUCAAGGGGUUACAAACUACAAAGACUGAUUAUGAUACUUGAAAAGGAGAAUUAAUUCAUGUUUUUUUCCUUAUCAAAGGUUAAUGAGGGACAAGUUAGUUUUUAAUUACAAAA